UUGGUGGGCUCCCCGGCUCCGCUGCGCUGCCGCCAGUGAUCACUACCUGCGGGAGGGCGGAAGUGCCCGCAGGGCUCGGCUGCGACCUCCGCGACGGUGCGAUCUGCGGCUGCGCGGCUGUCCGGACUGCUGCUCCCGCGCCUCUGCAAGACAGUGUGUGUCAGGCAGGCAGAGCGGGCGCUGAGCGUCCUCACCGCGGCGGGAAGCCGGAGAGGGAGACGGCACUUCGGUUUGGCUUUGGCAGAAGAAAAAGCCUAUAUGUACUGCUUUACUCACUGGAAGAAUGUCAGAUGACAAAGAUGUGCUUCGAGAUGUGUGGUUUGGACGGAUUCCAACUUGUUUCACUUUGUAUCAGGAUGAGAUAACUGAACGGGAAGCAGAACCGUACUAUUUGCUUUUGCCAAGAGUCAGUUAUUUGACAUUGGUAACUGACAAAGUGAAAAAGCACUUUCAGAAGGUUAUGAGACAAGAAGACGUUAGUGAGAUAUGGUUUGAAUAUGAAGGCACCCCCCUGAAAUGGCAUUAUCCAAUUGGUUUGCUGUUUGAUCUUCUUGCAUCAAGUUCAACUCUUCCUUGGAACAUCACAGUACAUUUUAAGAGUUUUCCAGAAAAGGACCUUCUACACUGUCCGUCCAAGGAUGCAAUUGAAGCUCAUUUUAUGUCUUGUAUGAAAGAAGCUGAUGCUUUAAAACAUAAAAGUCAAGUAAUCAAUGAAAUGCAGAAAAAAGACCACAAGCAGCUCUGGAUGGGACUGCAAAAUGACAGAUUUGACCAGUUUUGGGCCAUUAAUCGGAAGCUCAUGGAAUAUCCUCCCGAAGAAAAUGGAUUUCGUUAUAUCCCUUUUAGAAUAUAUCAGACAACGACUGAACGACCCUUCAUUCAGAAGCUAUUUCGUCCAGUGGCUGCAGAUGGACAGCUGCACACGCUAGGAGAUCUGCUCAGAGAAGUCUGUCCUUCUGCAAUUACUCCCGAAGGUGAAGAUGGAGAAAAAAAGAAUCAAGUGAUGAUUCAUGGAAUUGAGCCAAUGUUGGAAACACCCCUGCAGUGGCUGAGUGAACAUCUGAGCUACCCAGAUAAUUUUCUUCAUAUUAGUGUUGUCCCCCAACCAACAGAUUGAAGGACCAACUCCUAGCUAGGAUGGAAUCACCCUGAGGCAAGAUUUACCAGAGCAUGCCACCUUGCUUCAGUCAGGUUUGGUGGAGGCAGCCUGAUCAGAAACACUCUGCUGCUAUAAGCUGAGCAGGAAGAGAUGAGCCUGUCCGGCAGGUCUUACCAUGCACCACUGCUGCUUCCCUCCACUGCCGUCAUUAAACCUCGGCUGAGACAGGGAAGAUGCAGCAGGACCACUGCGAGCCAGUCUUCCCGUGAAAUAUAAUGAAGCUGAGACCUUUGUUCUAAGAAGAAAAUGGAAACAUGCCGCAGUUUGUAUUUGUGAUUAACAAAUGAGCGGGGUAUUUUUUAAAGUGACCAUGGUUGAACCUUAGUCAAAAGAGCCAAAAUGUUGGUCGAAUUUUCAAGAGAAUUAGUCUUAAAAAAGUAAAAGAGAAAUUCUGUUAUCAAUAACUUGCAGUAAUUUUUUUGUAGAAGAUCAAAUUAUAGUAAACCCAUCUUUCCUUAAUGAAAAUAUCCUAUGUUUACAGUCAGUCUAUUGGUAUGCAAACAAUCUUGUAACUUUGAUAAUGAACAGUGAAAGAUUUUUAAAUAAAGCCUCUAAAUAUG